AUGACCGCAAGCUCUGCUCGCUUCGUUUUCCGGCCGCUCCCUCUGAACCCGAGAUCUCCCGCACUGGCAUUUCCCCGCCGCUGCCAUCGGCCGUACCUCCUGCAACAGCUGCAGCGCAGUUCUCUGCCACGAACAAGCGUAAGAAAUGCUUCGACUGCAGAGACGUCCAGCGAACAACCCAUCAGGACGAAGACGACGGGUAAUAAUAAUAGCUUCAGAAAAGCCCUCUUCCGCACGUCGCUAGCCAUCGUCAUCGUGGGGGGAUACUUCUAUCUCACGGAUACCAGAGCCAGUGUACACCGAUACGUUGUGGUCCCGCUCAUCCGGUGGAUUUAUCCAGAUGCUGAGGAUGCACAUCAUGCUGGAGUGGCUGCUCUCAAGAAGUUAUACAAUUUAGGGCUUCAUCCCCGGGAGCGGGACGGUCCUGACCAGGAUGGCAGCUUGUCAACUGAGGUCUUCGGAUACACUCUUUCCAAUCCAAUUGGAAUCUCAGGUGGCCUAGACAAGCACGCCGACAUCCCUGAUCCUCUGUUCGCGUUGGGCCCGGCUAUUGUCGAAGUGGGAGGAACGACGCCGUUGCCCCAGGAAGGAAAUCCAAAGCCUCGUGUGUUCAGACUUCCUUCGCAGUCUGCCAUGAUAAACCGGUAUGGUCUCAAUUCCCUGGGAGCCGACCACAUGGCUGCUGUACUGAAAGAGCGUGUUCGCGCCUUUGCCUACGCCAAUGGCUUUGGUCUUCAUGACAUUGCGGAAGAGCGCGUGUUGAAUGGCGAGGCGGGUGUUCCCCCGGGAAGUCUGAAAGAGGGCAAACUCCUGGCGGUCCAGAUCGCGAAAAACAAGAUCACUCCCGAGUCAGACAUCGAAGCCGUGACGCGGGACUAUGUAUAUUGCGUUGAGCGGUUGGGCAAGUAUGCAGACAUUCUGGUGGUCAAUGUCUCCAGUCCGAACACUCCUGGCCUGCGCGAUCUGCAGGCUACAGCGCCGCUCACAGCGAUCCUGAAGGGCGUCGUAGACGCAGCCAAGAAGACCGAUCGCAAGACAAAGCCGUACGUGAUGGUGAAAGUGAGCCCGGACGAAGACUCGGGCGAGCAGGUUGCAGGAAUUUGCCACGCGGUGCGCGAGUCGGGAGUCGACGGAGUCAUCGUGGGAAACACGACGAACCGCCGACCGGAUCCGCUGCCAAAGGGAUUCGUUCUCCCCCCGAGUGAACAGGAUGUCCUCAAGGAGACGGGCGGGUACUCCGGCCCUCAGCUGUUCGACCGCACUGUGGCCCUCGUAGCGCGGUAUCGUGCCAUGCUUGACAGUCAGGAGGGACCCAAGGUGAUCUUUGCCUCUGGCGGUAUCACCAACGGGAAACAGGCGCAAGCUGUCCUUGAUGCGGGUGCCUCUGUCGCAAUGAUGUACACCGCUGUUGUGUACGGUGGAGUUGGGACCGUCACGCGAGUCAAGAAUGAAUUGCGUGCGGAAAAGGAACAAAAAUAG